GCCGAAUCUUCCUCCGUAAUAAGAAGCGACGCGUCCUGCCUCCCGCGGUCCUGGCUCCGUGGGUCCGGUCGGAUCAGGUCUGGGCGCUGGAGCUGCUGUGGCUCCCGCCGCGGCGGGUGCGAUGGAGGCCGUGCCGGAGCCCAGCACUCACGCCGGGGGAGGCCGAGACAGCCCGCGGUGCUAGUAGAUGAGGCGGCGGCGGCGGCGGCGGCGGUGGCAGCCCGGGCUCUCCAUGAGCAAGCGGCGGCGACGACGGGUGCGGCGGCACCGGCGGUUUUCGGUCCCCGGGGAGGAUGAAGACACUGUUUGAAGAGAUCAAAGCAUCAAUUAAAAAUAAUUAUAACCAAGAUCGAUCAUUUUGGAGGCCUGUUCUUCCUUGGGGAGGUGUUUUUACUAUCAAAGCUGGCCGCAAAGCAGUAUCCUGUACACCACUCUAUGUUGAAAUAAGACUGAAAAAUACCUGCACCAUAGAUGGAUUCUUGAUGUUAUUAUAUGUCAUUCUUAAUGAAAAUGAAAAUUUUCCUAGGGAACUCUCUCUUCAUUUUGGUAGAGAGUUUAUAGACUGUUUUCUUUAUUUAAUGGACACCUACAGUUUUACAACUGUGAAGCUACUUUGGAUUUGGGACAAAAUGGAAAAACAGCAAUACAAAUCUGAAGUUCAUAAAGCUUCAUUAAUAAUUGAUUUGUUUGGGAAUGAGCAUGAUAACUUUACAAAAAAUCUCGAAAAUCUCAUGUCUACCAUUCAAGAGAGUUACUGUUCCAACUGGCGAUGCCCGACUCGAGUACAGGAAGAUCAGCAGCGCACAAUUAAUAUAAAUCCUCCUCAAGAAAUUCCACAUGGAAACUUGAUACGACUGGCUGUGGAUGAGUUAUUCUGUUCUAAGAUUGAACUGUGUGAAGAGCGUGGGUGUGGUGGCUUAAGAGAAUUUUCCCAGCGAGUUUUCUGCCAUGGCGCACCCCCUUUUGUUGUCUUAAAUAUGCAACAUUGGAAAUCUGAAGAUCUGGCAUAUGUACCCUAUUAUUUGGAUUUAUCUGAUCACAAGUAUUUGUUGGAAGGUGCCACAUUAUUUAAUAAAGAAGAACACCAUUAUUCUGCAGCUUUCCAGAUUGAUGGACAUUGGAUGCACUAUGAUGGCCUCAGAAAUGUGAAUUUAAUUUUGUUAAAUAAACCCCCAGAGUUUCUCCUCUUGUCAUCAUUGGUUUAUAUUCGAGCAACAGAGAAAUAAAUAUAGACUGAUGCUAAAUUAAAUUGUUUUCCCGCCUGCCCAUGCUCCCCUAGAUGAAGGGCUUUUAUUUUGUGUAUACUUGGUAUCCAAGGAAAUAGUUCAACUAUACUAGUUUCAGAGGUGUAUUUUCCAGUGUUUAACCCAGGUAAAUGUUUUAUAAUGAAGAUCUAUGCAAAAAUGUUUGUAUUUCUUUUUUAUAUUUCCUGGGUUAUUUUUAUACAAUCAUAUUUUAUGUUGAAAUAAAAUAUAUAUCUUGUG